AUGAGUUCAAGGGCAGUUAGAAGGUUACAAAGGCAGAAAUUAACCGAGUUCGAUGGACGGCCAACAAAAGGAACUGCUGAGAAUAGUGAAGAUGAAGAACUAGUGGAGAGCAAUGAUGAGCAACCCCCACAAAAAUCGUUCAAUGCAUUCGCAUUCUUGCAGGAAGACGAAGACGAUGUUGAGGGCGAUUCGGACUCUGCAACAGCACAAGAAGCAGAGUCUAUUACUCAUAUUGCAGAACCAGUUAACAUUCCGACGACUGCUAAAGCGAAGAAUAAGAAAAAGAAUAAGAAAAAUAAGAAAAACGGAAAAACUCAAGAUGACCUAGACGAUGAUGAUUUGGAUAAGUUUCUUGAGGAAGUCAAAAAGAAAGACCAACAGAAAUCUUCUUUCAAGUCCAAGACACCCGAAUUAUUUCUUGAUGAAGAUGAUUUAGACGAUGAAGAUGACUAUGUAUUGUAUGAGGCAGCAUACGAAGAAGAGGAUAAUGUAGAAUAUUGUGACUCCAACUUCAAAUAUUUCACUAGUAAUAAGCUAAAGAAGAGUUUGCCACUUUUGUCUAUUGGUAGCAUUAAAAACUUAGAUGCAGACAAUGAAUUCCUGAGCCUAUUUGGUAAAUUAUCUAUGGAAACCAUAGAAGACGCCAAUACUACCACUUCUUUGGCAACUUCUCCUGAAAUAUUGCAACAAUUCAAGAGGUUAGCCAGACUCACUCGAGGUUGGUCUGGAAAAGACCGCCGUGGUGUACCAGGAACAGCUCGUAAGCUACUUUUCACUAGAAUUAGAGAUGACUGGUUACCGACGGCACAAAAGCCUUUAAAUAUGGAUGAACUAACGCCGAUUGUAGAUAAGGUUCUUCAAUAUUUAGAAUAUAAGGAGGACUUGGAUUCAGAGCACGAUGUACGGGAAGAGUUGGAAUACAAGUUAAAGGCUGAGAAAGAGAUGGGUGUGAAGUACUUUAAAUUCAAUAAACUCAAUUCUGCGCAAGAAAGAAUUGCCAACACAAGGUUCUUUGCUGCCGUUGUUAUUACCCCAGAUCCUGAAUCACUUAUGCAAUUGCUUCAACAAAAUCCUUAUCAUGCUGAGACCUUACUUCAAGUGGCAAUGGUUUUACUUAGACAAGGUAGUGAUAAAUCAACGAGCAAUGCAUUGAUUGAAAAGGCUCUAUUUGUAUUUGAUAGAUCAUUGCACAAAAACUUUCAUGAAUUACUUUUAGAGGGUAAGAAUGGGCUCAUUAAAUUACCAUAUGAAGGGUUCAUGAAUAGACAGUUUCAAUUGUGCCUUUUCCGAUACAUUAUGAUCCUUGGUGAGAGAUCCACUUAUUUUACUGCAUUGAAUUAUUGUAAAUUGCUUCUAUCAUUUUGUCCCGGUGAUGAUCCUCUUGGUGUGCGUUACUUCAUUGACUACUAUGCGAUAAUGUCAGAAGAAUAUAAAUGGCUUGGUAAAUUUGCAAAGUCCCCCUUAGUCACUACAUAUAAGAAAUGGUUAACCCCUGGGUUGGCGUACUCAGUAGCUUUGGCUCACUUUAGACUUAAUCUGAUAGAUGAAGCUAAAAAGCUGUUAGCAUUGGCAUUUGGUAGACACAGAUACCUUGCGUGCAAGCUUUUGGAAACAAUUUGCCUUUCUAGCAAUGAAAAAUUGAUCUCGGAGGAGCUAUCUAAGGCUCAUUCUGACGAAGUCCUACUUGAAUCGGAGACAUAUCUUGUACGUGCAGCGUUACUUUGGAAAGAUCAAAAGGAAAGAGAAUUUUUGAAUGAUGAGUUGUCAAAGCUUUUCCAAGAGUCCGAGGACUUUAAUCACAAAAACAAGCCUUCUAAGUUGAGUACUUUCUUUGGACUCUUGCCUGCUAAAAACAUUGACAAUGGUUCAAUUCCGUUUAAUUUAGUUCGUUUUGCUGUUUUAUCGGGCGAGAAUAAAAUCAUGGCUAAAGUCCCAGAGGCUAUAUGGGCGAGAGAUGAUGUAUUAGAAUAUGAUGUUCUACCACCACGAGACGAGAGAAAGCUAUACGACGUCUUUACCGGGGUUUCAAAUAGCAAAAUAGUGGACACUAUGAUAGACUAUGUGGAUCAAAAUGUGCUAGGUGCCAUUAUUCAAAACCAAACCGGUGAGAAUGACAUGGAUGAUUUAAUACAGAGGUUGCAAGCCGAGGGCGGAGAGCAGGAGGGAGAAAUUAACGACAUAGCUGAACAGUAG